AUGCGCCGGUGGCGCAGCCCCGGGGCGCGAGGCGUAAGUUUUUGUUUGGCAUUCGUGCCUCAGGGUCAUGUCAUCGGGCGCGCGGCGGCGGGUGUCCACAGCAGUCGCCGCGCGGCCGGCUGCGAGCUGUUCCUCCUCCUCCUCCUCCUCCUCCUCCUCCUCCUCCUCCUCCUCCUCCUCCUCCAUUCCUACCCCUCAUACUCCCCCAGGUUUCCUCCCGCCCCCUCCGCGUGCUGCGGGGCGGGCGUUUCCAGCGGGCCCCCGCCGACGGGAGCCCGUGCUCUCGGCGGGGCUCGGCCGACGGGCGCGGGCUCCCGCUGCCCGUGA